CCCUAGCCGCCACCAUUCCUCUGCCUCCUCUCCUCUCGCUCCGCUCUCUCUCCUGCCCAAGCGACGGCCGCCGCCGCGUGCCGUCCCCUCAUCCUCUUCUUCCCGCAGUUGGCGACCUCCCCCGCGCACUCCCUACUGCGAGCUGUUGCUGUCGCCGCGCCGUCGUCCUGCCAUCGCCAUCCUCUCGCUCCCGCACCGCAUCCGCCAACGAGGAGGCCGGGACUGUCGGAUCCGGUGACUCCGGCCUCCUCGCCGGCAGAUCCGGCCGCCCUGAAGCGAGGGGAAGCCAGGAGCCGCCUUCUACUCUUCUACCUCUAUGCCCGGCACUGCCCCUCUCUCCCUCUCCCUCUCCCUCUCCAUCCUGUUCAUUUCCGGAUCAACGGAUGCCUGCGAUUAGGCGGCCACGGACGUGCGUGUGGGACGUCGAGGAGACGGGGAAUCACUGGAUCCAGGAGGUCGGUGAACCGAUUUGGAGAGGGAGCUGCAUGAUCUGUGGCAUUGGUGUCCCGUUUCGGACAGCGGCGGUCUCCAGUACGGCGGGUGCUGCUGGAUCUGCCGCAUGGAGGGCUCCUCGUCAGCUCCAUCCUACCUCUUCUUCUGCCUUUUUGGAAGGAGCUUGUAGUGAAGCUUUGUUGAGCUUACGCAAAGCAGAGAAGGGCAUCGGCGCGGGGUUCCUAGAGGAUGCUGCCACCUCCAUCCCCUUGCGUCACGGCCGUGCUGCCCUACUGGUCCUCUGGCACAGCAUCUAAGGUCAUCUGCCACCACAACCAGGUUGCAUCUCCACCGAAUGUGACCCCACUUUGAUGGCGGCGAGCUUUGCUUUGGUAGUGUUGCUGUCAAUUUGGCUGUGCAUUUCUUUAAGGGGUUCAUCUACGAUCCAUUGUAGCAUGCAGAUGACUUUAAAUUACAAAUGAGUUAAUGCAUAAGAUUCUUUGUUUCCAAGUAUAAGAAAUUGAUAUAUCUUUUGUUGAAGUAUGAGUAUGCUGAUUUGUUCCAGCAAAAUAUAGCAAUGUACAAUAUUUUUUGUGGAUAAUAAUUUGAUAAUGCUC